GUGGGAAGGACUUGGGCUCCAGGUGGGACACAGGGAAAGGGGAUACACAGAGCCACAGGAGGACACAGUGAGUACCCAGAGUUCUGGGGGUCCCAGGUUCGUGCGGGACCGUGUGGAGCGCUGCGGGGACCCCCAGGCCGUGGCCCUGAGUGUUGCCGAGCUGGGUGAGACCCAGCCCAGCAGCCCUGACACCAAACGCCUCAGUGAGUGCCUGCGGCGCAUCGGCGACGAGCUCGACAGCAACAUGGAGCUGCAGAGGAUGAUUGAGCAGGUGGGGUGUGAUGCCCCCAAAAAGCUGUUUUUCCGUGUGGCCAAGGAGAUGUUCGCCGAUGGCACCUUCAACUGGGGCCGUGUGGUUGCCCUGUUCUACUUUGCGUGCAAACUGGUGCUGAAGGCUCUCUGCACCAAGGUCCCGGAGCUGGUCCAGACUAUCCUGCGCUGGACCAUGGAGUAUGUCCAGGAACACGUGCUGGCCUGGAUCCAGGCCCAGGGCGGAUGGGAAGGGCUCUUGUCCCACUUCGGGACCCCCACCUGGCAGACCAUCACCAUCUUCGCCGCUGGUGUCCUCACGGCCUCGCUGACCAUCUGGAAGAUGUCGUAGACUC